AUGUCCUGCCAGCAGAACCAGCAGCAGUGCCAGCCCCCUCCCAAGUGUCCUCCCAAGUGUCCUCCGUGCCCCGCCCCGAAAUGCCCCCCAAAGUGCCCUCCCCAGUGCCCAGCCCCUUUUCCCCCUCCAGUCUCCUCCUGCUGUGGCCCCAGCCCUGGGGGCUGCUGUAGCUCUGGGGGCUGCUGUGGCUCCAGCUCUGGGGGUGGCGGCUGCUGCCUAAGCCACCACCACAGGCCCCGUCUCUUCCACCGGCGCCGGCACCAGAGCCCCGAAUGCUGUGACUCUGAGCCCUCGGGGGGCUCCGGCUGCUGCCACGGCUCUGGGGGCCGCUGCUGAGCUGGGUCUUGCCCACCUAGGAGCAGCAAUGGAAGGACCCAAGGGUCACGGACCGGGCCGCUGA